ACUCAGCUCCGUCGAGUGUAAAUAAGAAUUUUAAGCUAACGGCAUUCUCUAGUAUUUGGAUUAAUUAUGCCAACAAGUGUGCUUAAAAAUGCAUUUAGGACUAGCAAGGGGUGCAGCCUCACAUCUCUCUACAGGAUGUCCUACAGAAAGCCUCAACCAAUUGCUGCUGCUCACAGAACAUACUUCACAAAAGUACAUGGGCUGCCAAGCAUCAGUCCCUUGGUAAGUUCGGUAGAGGAGACACCUGAGCCCAUCCCCACCACAGUUAAGGGCACCAUCCCAACCUGGAUCUGUGGGAGUCUGUUGCGGAAUGGUCCAGGAAAGUUUGAGUUUGGGAAUCAGCACUAUAACCACUGGUUUGAUGGCAUGGCAUUGAUGCAUCGCUUUCGGAUCGAGGACGGUCAGGUGACAUACAGAAGCCGUUUUUUGAGCAGCGACUCGUAUAAGCAGAACAGCGAGAGGAACCGCAUCAUGGUGUCAGAGUUUGGCACUUUGGCUCUACCUGAUCCCUGCAAGAACAUUUUUAAGCGCUUCCUGUCCAGAUUUGAGAUGAUAAAGCCAACAGAUAAUGCCAGCGUCAACUUUGUUAAAUACAAGGGUGACUAUUACGUCAGCACAGAGACAAACUACAUGCACAGAGUGGAUCCAGAUACUCUGAAGUCCAAACAGAAGGUGGACUGGAGCAAGUUCAUAGCUGUGAAUGGUGCUACUGCUCAUCCACACAUUGAUCCAGAUGGGACGGCUUACAACAUGGGCAACUCAUACGGAAACAAAGGGGCUUUAUAUAACAUCAUCAGGGUGCCCCCAGAAAGAGACGGUUCAACAGAUACUCUAGAGGGAGCCAAGAUAUUAUGCUCUAUCGCCCCUCAUGACAAAUCCAAACCCUCUUAUUAUCACAGCUUUGGCAUGUCAGAGAACUAUGUAGUGUUCAUCGAGCAGCCCAUUAAGAUGGAUCUGUUCAAGAUAGUUACUGGUAAACUAAGGGGGAAAUCCCUAAAUGAGGGUGUUUACUGGGACCCCAACCAGGAAACCAUUUUCCACCUUAUUGACAAACAAACUGGAAAGGAGAUGCCAGUGAAGUAUUACACCAAGGCCUUGUCCACCUUCCAUCAGAUCAAUGCUUUUGAGCAGGAUGGAUUCCUCAUGCUAGACAUGUGCUGCUCUGACGACGGCCAGGCCAUAAACAACUUCCUCGUCCAGAACCUGCGUCAAACAGGAGAGGCACUGGAUGAGAUGUAUAACACCAUGUGCCGGCCACUUCCCCGUCGUUUUGUGCUUCCUCUCAACAUCACCAGUGAAACACCACUGGAACAGAAUCUCAACACACGGCCUGACAGCACCGCCACGGCUGUCUGCCGAACUAAAAACCAGGUAUUUUGCACGUUUGAGGAUCUCCAUGGUGAAGACCUGAAAGACUAUGGUGGCUUGGAGUUUCCUCAUAUUAACUAUGCCAAAUAUAACACCAAACCUUAUAGAUACUACUAUGGUUGUGGCUUCCGCCACCUAGUGGGUGACUCCUUAAUUAAGAUGGAUCUGGAGAGCAAAAAGUUCAAGGUAUGGUGCCAACCUGAUCUCUACCCAUCAGAGCCUGUCUUCAUUCCUUCACCCAAUGCUGAGGAAGAGGACGAUGGAGUCAUCCUGUCUGUGAUCAUCACACCAGUUAAGGAUAAGAGUACAUUUCUCUUAGUCCUAGAUGCCAAAACAUUUGAAGAACUGGGAAGAGCUGAAGUGCCUGUCAACAUUCCUUAUGGAUUCCAUGGAGUCUUCAAUUCCAGUGCAUGAAGCUCUUGGUAUCCCUCCAACAAAAUAA